UAAAAAAAACGAGAAAAUUCUUGUUUUUUUAAAAAAAGAAAUAAAACGAAAAUUUAAACAAUAAAGACCUCGAGGAGAGCCCAUUCAACAAUUUUCCUGCUCGAACCUUCUUCAUAUCUCAGCUGUGAAUGGAUACCGGAGGCAAUUCUCUGCCUUCUGGAGCCGAUGGGGUCAAACGGAAAGUGAGCUAUUUCUACGACCCAGAGGUCGGGAACUAUUACUAUGGGCAAGGUCACCCGAUGAAGCCUCACAGGAUGCGCAUGACGCACGCGCUUCUCGCACAUUAUGGAUUGUUGCAGCAUAUGCACGUCCUGAAGCCGAAUCCUGCUAGGGACAAAGACCUUUGCAGAUUUCAUGCUGAUGAUUAUAUUUCUUUUCUGAGGAGCAUCACACCGGAGACGCAACAGGAGCAGCUCAGGCAGCUGAAGAGGUUUAAUGUUGGCGAAGACUGUCCUGUAUUUGACGGUCUCUACUCGUUCUGCCAGACUUAUGCGGGUGGGUCGGUUGGUGGGGCCGUGAAGCUAAAUCAUGGACAUUGUGAUAUAGCAGUGAAUUGGGCUGGUGGGUUGCAUCAUGCCAAGAAAUGCGAGGCUUCUGGUUUUUGCUAUGUGAAUGACAUUGUGUUGGCUAUCUUAGAACUUCUAAAAGUUCAUGAGCGUGUUCUGUAUGUAGACAUUGAUAUUCACCAUGGUGAUGGAGUUGAGGAGGCAUUUUACACUACAGACAGGGUGAUGACUGUUUCUUUUCAUAAAUUUGGUGAUUAUUUUCCUGGUACAGGCGAUGUACGAGACAUUGGAUAUGGAAAGGGAAAAUAUUACUCUCUUAAUGUUCCCUUGGAUGAUGGAAUUGAUGACGAAAGUUAUCAGUCUCUGUUUAAGCCAAUAAUGGGAAAGGUUAUGGAGGUUUUUAAACCUGGUGCUGUAGUAUUACAAUGCGGGGCAGACUCUCUGUCUGGAGAUCGGCUAGGAUGCUUUAAUCUCUCCAUCAAAGGUCAUGCUGAGUGCGUGAAGUUUAUGAGAUCAUUCAAUGUGCCUCUACUGUUGUUGGGUGGUGGCGGCUACACUAUACGUAAUGUUGCUCGUUGCUGGUGUUAUGAGACAGGUGUAGCACUUGGUAUGGAACUUGAUGACAAGAUGCCACAACAUGAGUACUAUGAAUAUUUUGGCCCUGAUUAUACUCUACAUGUUGCUCCAAGUAACAUGGAAAAUAAAAACUCCCGCCAUUUACUGGAAGAGAUCAGAUCAAAGCUUCUUGAGAAUCUCUCGAGCCUUCAGCAUGCACCAAGUGUCCCAUUUCAGGAGCGGCCACCAGAUAGUGAAAUGCCAGAGAUGGAAGAAGAUCGUGAUGGAGAGGACGAGAGAUAUGACCCCGAUUCUGACAUGGAUCUUGAUGAUGAACGGAAGCCUCUACCAGGCAGAGCGAAGAGUGAAUUUUCUGAACCCGAACCAAAAGAUAUGGACGUGGUCAAAGAGGAUGAGCCGAAUAGGGAAGUUGACCUGAAAUGCUCUGAGCCUCUUGCCUAAGAGAUAUUACACUACCUAGUCCAUGCCACACUAAGUGAUUUUGGUGAAAUUCUCGAUAUGCUUCAUUUCGUAAUGUUAUAGAUCACAUCAGGGAUUCUGUCAUGAAUUUGCAUCUGUACAGCUAGGAUUACUUGUAAAUUUAUGCAAGCAUAGCAAUCCUGGCUGAGGAGGAAACAUUUGAGAUAAUGACUAUGUUAUUACUUUGUUUGGUUGUUUAAAAUUCAUUUCUCCUCUCAGUAAUCAACCAUACAGUUCCCAACUGUAAGAUCUUUAUAUGGAUGUGUUUGCUGUAUUGUAGUAGCAUUUAAAAUUCUGGAACCUGAGAAAUUCUUAUUA